GCUGUGACAACACAACCAGGAUAAAGAACGGCCAGAUCACGGUUAAUAAUGACUACUGCUCUGGGAAUUCCAUCCAGUUCUCUUGUGAUACUGGAUAUGAGCUUGUGGGCAGCUCCUUCGCUUCCUGUCGGGACAAAAAUUGGGACAGGGAGAUUCCGACAUGCCAACGUAUCUGCUGUGACAAUACCACCGACAUCAUGAACGGCCGAGUCAAUGCUACUAACGGUUACUGCUCUGGGAACGACAUCCAGUUCUCUUGUAAUCCUGGGUACGAACUCGUGGGUAGGUCCGAUGCAACCUGCCAAGAGGACGGCAACUGGAACCGAGACAUUCCGACUUGCCAACUACCUACAGAGGAAAGUCGCACGUCCACUGAAGCCAUUAUCGGCGGCACCAGUGCCGGUAUCGCCGCAUUGCUGAUUGUGGCAGCUGUCGUCUUCACGGUGUACUUAAGACGUAGGAGGAAGAAAAGAAAAGAAGAAAACUACCAACAAUCGACUGUUUACUUUGUACCAGAUGAUGUUAUCAUCCAUAGGAGGAGAUUGGAGGAGAUGGUCCCGCCGGUUCCAGCCCGACCACAGUUCCCGAAGUUAGAGACCGACCCCGGCCGGGUGACGCUUGGUGAGAAGAUCGGCAGUGGGGCGUUCGGCAUCGUUUACCGGGCAACCCUGACGCGGGACGACCGUACGGAGGACGUCGUCGUUAAAACUCUGAAAGAAAACGCCAGUGAGGAUGACAAGCUGGGUUUCCUGGAAGAAAUCCGUGCAGUUGUGGACCUGGGGGUUCAUAAGAACCUGCUGGGUUUGCUCGGCUGCUGCACGGUGGUGCGAGACCAUCUGUAUCUCAUCACGGAGUUCAUGCCGUACGGAGACCUGAAGAGCUUUCUGAGAAAAUGUCGGGAGGAAGCGACCUCUGAUGAACCUGGAGACGAUAUCUACACCUUUGAGGUUAUACAGAUGUAUCAGGUGGCCCGGCAGAUCGCUAGAGGCAUGGAUCACAUCGCCCGGUCUCGUUACGUCCACGGAGACCUGGCCGCUCGGAACGUGCUGGUCGGAAAACGCCUGCAUGUGAAGAUUUCUGACUUCGGGCUGGCAGAAGACAUCUACAGCCGAGGGUACCGUCGGCAGGACCGGCUCCAGAGGGUGCCCUGGAAGUGGAUGGCGCCGGAGCGGCUGGAGGAUGGGAAAGCCUACAGCUCACAGAGCGAUGUGUGGUCCUUCGGGAUAGUGCUGUACGAGAUCUGCACGCUAGGGGGCGACCCUUACCCAGGCGUUGCAGUAUCCGAGCUGAAAGACCGCCUACAGGCUGGAUUCAGGAUGGACCAACCUGAAGACUGUCCGCGAGCCAUGUACGAUCUGAUGCAGCAGUGUUGGCGCUGGCAGCCCAUCCAGCGGCCGCUUUUCAGCCAGCUGUAUCUAACACUGGACAAGCACCUCGCCUUCUACGGACCCGAGUACUUACUUAAUUAAUCACCUUUGCUCCCGUUGGAGACCAAGGCACCAUCAAACUUCUUCCAGCCGUUCCAAUCUUGGCCCAGCCAUCCGUUCUCAUGCCAGGUCUUUUGGGUUGUCUUUAUUUCUUCUUCCACAGUCCUUCUCCAUGUGCCUAGAGGAGCUUUCCUUGGGAGUCCAUCUGAGGGGAACGUAUGAAUGGUUGUUCUUGCUCGUACGUAGAAUAUGCCCUAACCAUCUCCAACAACGUUUGGGAUACCUUACAUCUGCUGA